AUGGAACCAGCAACAGCCCUGCUGAUUGUGGAUUACUAUGACUACACAAGCCCAGAUCCUCCUAUCCUGGAGACUCCCUCCCACCUGUCCUACACAUCUGUCUUCCUCCCUAUCUUUUACACAGUUGUAUUCCUGACUGGAGUGUUGGGGAAUUUCAUCCUCAUGGUAGCUCUGCAUUUCAAACGCGGCAACCGAAGAUUGAUCGACAUCUUUAUCAUCAACCUGGCUGCCUCUGACUUCAUUUUCCUUGUCACAGUGCCUCUUUGGAUGGAUAAGGAAGCCUCUCUAGGACUAUGGAGGACUGGCUCUUUCCUGUGCAAAGGCAGCUCCUAUGUGAUCUCCGUGAACAUGCACUGUAGUGUCUUCUUGCUCACAUGCAUGAGCAUGGACCGUUACCUGGCUAUCAUGCACCCAGCCUUAGCCAAGAGAUUGCGAAGGAGAAGCUCUGCAUAUGCAGUGUGUGCCGUCGUCUGGAUCAUCUCAUGCGUCCUGGGGUUGCCCACUCUUCUGUCCAGGGAGCUCACUCACAUUGCAGGCAAACCAUACUGUGCAGAGAAGAAACCCACGUCCUUAAAACUGAUGUGGGGCCUGGUAGCCUUGAUUACCACCUUUUUCGUCCCCCUCCUGAGCAUUGUGACCUGCUACUGUUGCAUCACAAGGAGGCUGUGUGCUCAUUACCAGCAGUCGGGAAAGCAUAACAAGAAACUAAAGAAGUCCAUAAAGAUCGUCAUUAUUGCGGUGGCGGCCUUCACCGUCUCCUGGGUACCCUUUAACACUUUCAAGCUCCUAGCCAUUGUUUCAGGGUUCCAGCCAGAAGGCCUUUUUCACUCCGAGGCUUUGCAGCUGGCCAUGAAUGUGACUGGGCCCUUGGCCUUUGCCAGCAGCUGUGUCAACCCUCUCAUUUACUAUGUCUUUGACAGCUAUAUCCGCCGGGCCAUUGUACGUUGUCUGUGCCCUUGUCUGAAGACCCACGACUUUGGGAGCAGCACUGAGACAUCGGACAGUCACCUCACUAAGGCUCUUUCCAACUUCAUUCAUGCAGAGGAUUUCAUCCGGCGGAGGAAGAGGUCUGUGUCACUCUAAAACGAGCUGUGACAUGUCAAGCUCUGUUGGCACUCUUAGGAAGCUGGGGUUUGUCAGCAGCAGAGAAAGAGAAGAGCAUUAAAGAUGAAAUUCAUAUUGAUUCAUAAAUCCAAGGAAGUGUUGGCUUUAAAAAAAAAAAAAGCCUCCCUGAAGAGCUCUUGUGCUGUGGGUCUAAUCAGGCCAUAUGCAGUGUGUUCACCUUAAAGGUCUUCUUACGUGGUAAUCCAGCCAACCAGACAACAUACAAACUCCACUGUCCUUGAACUCAAAGGCUGUUUUCUUCAUGCAUGCAUUUUGGACCUUUCAGAACCAUCCACUGUUUGUACUGGACUGUGUUUGGAAGAGACAUUUUUGAUCUGACCAUAGCUUUGGACUGGGAAAAACAAAAGAAAGAAAAUCCAUAUGAGGAAAAAGACACUGUGCAUUGUGUUUAUCAAUCGAGAGUCACCUCAUCACCUGAUCUGAAAUGUGCUAGCAGUGACUCUGGCCAACAC